AGAAGCCAGUGCGCAAAGAAGAGGGCUGGAGCAGGAGAGCGGAAGGACCGGAAACCCGAAGUCGGACCGCGGAAAUCCAAGGACAGUUCGCGAUCAUGUCUGAGUUACCGCUGGCUGUUGGCAAAAUUGUCAGGAGGCUGGACAAGCGCAUUUUUUCGGUUGCGCGGGCUGCUAAAAGACCGUAUUCUAUAACCAAUAGGCUGUGUUGCAAAACUGAGAAGGCCGAGGAAAAAACCCCGCAUUUGAAAGAACAAGUGCGCUCCUCUCCAUUCAGCCACGAAGUUUCUGAAUGGGAUAAGAAACUGUUGAUGUGGUCAGGCCGCUUCAAGAAAAAAGAAGAUAUACCUCAUGAAAUUUCGGCAAAGAUGAUGAGUGCAUCAAGGAGCAAACUUCGUGUGAAAGUUGCCUACGUCGCAAUGGCUAUCCUGCUUAUGGGUUUUGUAUCGGCAGUUUUCAUAGGGAAACAGGAUGUUCAGAAAUAUAGACAUUUGCGGUAUAUGCCCAUUGAGAAGAUAGUAGAGACUGAUGAAAGUACUUCUACCAAGCCAUAAUCAAAAAGAAGAUUAGAUCUGUUGGUGUGUGAUUUUCAUCAUGAAUUGGAAGAGCAACUUAAGAAACAUUUACUUCAUUUUUUUUACAUUUCAAAAAGAGAAUUUAUAGUUCAAUGACAAUGUUAAAAUUUUCAUCCUUUCUGAUGGAAGACUUCAUUUCUGACUAAAACAAAAGCACCUUUUGUUUUUAAAAGUCUGAAUCUAUAUUAGAAUGUUUCUUUAAAUCCUGGUGUGUAUGUAUAUUCUUUGUAACCUGUAAAAUACACCCUGCUCUAAUAAUAAAUGGAUCUAUCCAGGAUACUGAAUUCA